ACUAAAAGUUAUCAACCCAUGAAACAGCUUGAAUCUGGGAUUUAUAUAUUUAAUUUUCACCGACAGAUAACUUCAACUACUUCAGCAAUUCACUUCUCCUGCACCACUGAAUCACCAACCCUCAUCGCCUUCAAUUCAUCAAACAAUUCAAUUCUCCUGCACCACCGAACCACCAGCCCUCUCAUCGUCUUCAAUCUAUCAAACAAUUCAAUUCUCCUGCACCACCGAACCACCAGCCCUCAUCGUCUUCAAUCCAUCGAGUGUCUAUCAGGCAAUUCAAUUCUCCUGCACCACCGAACCACCAGCCCUCAUCGUCUUCAAUCCAUCGAGUGUCUAUCAGGCAAUUCAAUUCUCCUGCACCACCGAACCACCAGCCCUCAUCGUCUUCAAUCCAUCGAGUGUCUAUCAGGCAAUUCAAUUCUCCUGCACCACCGAACCACCAGCCCUCAUCGUCUUCAAUCUAUCAAACAGUGUAAGCACUUAUCGAGUAUCUAUCAGGCAGUCUGUAUCCUUUAUCAAACAUUUUAAAAGAUGCAUUCUAAUCUUUUGUUUUUUUUAUUUCAGAUUCAAUUCUCCUGCAC